AUGCAUCCUACAUUAAAGAUAUUUGGUGUUGUGGCCGUGCUACGUUUUCUCAAUGCCAUUUCUAUAAUCACCUUUUUCCAGCCGGACGAGUUCUACCAGGCCUUGGAACCUGCCCAUAAGCUAGUAUAUGGAUAUGGGUACAUUACAUGGGAAUGGCACGAAGGGCUACGUUCGUCGUUGCAUCCGUGGCUCUAUGCUUUGGCUUAUAAGGCUGUUGGGGCUGUUGUGCUGGAGGAUUGGGCUGUGUAUUUAGCUCCAAGGCUUAUGGGUGCUGCGGUGGCUGCUGUGGGGGAAACGUACCUCUAUAAGUUUGCGUUGAAGUAUACUGGAAGUGUCCAGGUAGCUACGUUUGCAUUGGCGGCGUCUGUUUUGAGCGGAUGGAAUUGGUUUUUCAUUACCAGAGCGUUUUCGAAUAACCUAGAGAUGGUGCUUACUACGGUUGGAUUGGCAUACUGGCCUUGGAAUAGACCCAACGGGUGUAUUGUGAAAAGCUGUAUUUUUGGCUUCUUGAGCUGUAUUGUCAGGCCUACAAACGCUCUUCUAUGGGGCUUUUUGGGUGCGGGAUAUGUGGUGAAGAACCUCUCCCAGCCAUUGCAGCUAGCACUGCUUGGACUUGAUUUGGGGGUGCUUUUUGGCGUGAUUUGCGCUUUGACCGCCUUGCCGGACCUCUUUUUCUACGGCAAGUUCACCGUGCCAUUGUACAACUUUCUCGAGUUCAAUGUGGUGAAAAACCUCCUGAUCUUCUACGGCAGCGCUCCGUGGCACUUCUACUUGUUCCAAGGCAUCCCAUUGCUUCUUAUGGGCUACUUGCCGCUCUGGGCAAUGAGCAUGUGGCGAUACAGAAACACGCUUUUGGUCAAUACCACCUUGUUUGUGAUAAUUGGAUUUUCAUGCAUUGCCCAUAAAGAAUUCCGCUUCAUCUACCCAUUGUAUCCGAUCUUUAUGGUCCACACAGCACAAGCGGCAAGAACGUUAUUCCACAGGAAGUACUUCAAAGCGUUAGCCGUUUCUGUGGUGCUACUCCAUUCCAUGGUUGCAUUCUUCUUUACUAGAAUCAACGAGCUGGGCGAAAUAGGCGUGGUAAACUGGCUUACUACCAUUUCCAACGUCUCUUCAGUUGGAUUCCUUACCCCAUGCCAUUCUGUGCCCUGGCACUCAUCUUUCCACAGAGAAGACCUCGUUUCAAACCUCUGGAUGCUCACCUGUGAGCCUCCCUUACACUUGGCCAACGGUAACCUCGAAAACGUCAGAUCAUACAGAGACGAGCUGGACAGGUUCUUCGACAAUCCCGAACAAUUCUUAAAAGACACCAUCGGCACGCCACAACGGCCGUGGCCUUCGCAUUUGGUGAUUUUCCAGCACAUGGAAGAUGUAGUUUCUACGUUCCUCCAAGACACCUCCUAUAAAGAAUGUGCCCGAUUUUUCAACAGCUACUUCCAUUGGGACCCACGUCGCUGGGGAGAUAUCAUCGUUUACUGCCAAAACGAAUCCUUAUAA